AUGACCGCAGCCGUCGAAGCCAAGUCGUUGUCCGCGCUGACAACUCUUGCCUCAAACCCGCCCCGCUACCCGCGCAAUCCCACCCACGACAGGCACGAGCCGCUGGUGCUGUACAUCGAGCGCGUGCCUGGCAGCAAAGGCGAGUAUGUCUUCCUGACCCCGAUGAAACCCCGGGACAAGGUGGUGACUGCCGAGGACGUCCAGAGCUCACUGUACUACCUGCACUUCGACACCCCCGACGACGACGACCUCAAGGCCUAUGUGCUGAGUGCCGCCCCGCCCGAGCAGGCCGGCGAGUCGCCCGUGAAAGACUCGACCCCCAUCAUCCGGAAGCCGGUGCGAAGGCCCCUGCCUUCGUUGCCGCCCGAUGCUCCCGUGCCCGCCCUUUCUCCCUCGGACUCCAUCAAGAGGAAACCUGUGGUGCCGCCUCCCCCGCUGUCCAUCAGGAUAGACUCGGAAAACCGGGACAAUGCCCGGCCGCAUCAGCCGCAUCAGCCCGUCCAGCCGACGAUCCCCUCCGGCCCGACUCUCCAUCGCCGGGGGCGUUCGACUGAGGUGCCGGGCAUGCAGCAGGAGAAUCUGCGACCUGCUCUGCCAGACCGUCGAUGGUCCGCUCAACCGCCCGCUCAACCGUCCGCUCGGGGACCUUCGCCGCGGCGGCCGAAGGCUGAGCUUCCCUUUUGGAUGCAGGACCAGCCCAGACGGCGGAAAAGCCCCGCAAGGGAGCCCGAAUCGCCCUACUCCAGCAAGCCCAGCCUCGAUGGACGCCCGGAUUCCGGUCUGUUCUCCCCCGGGCCAGCCGAGUCUGGCCAGAGCAUGUCCUUGACCCUCAUUAGGCGCGAUCCCACGUCAGGAGCUCAGUGGAACGUUGGCAGAAUCACGGACCCCCCUGGAUUCGAGAUAUACUCAGACAACCGCGGCCGCUCUGUGCAAGAAAGAGUCAGGAAACCAGCCGCCCCGCUAUACAUUGACAUCAACAACCCCGGCUACUCCAAGUUCCUCUUCAACCCUGACCUGUCUUCGCCAAGAAGAAGCGAGGACAGCAUGAACUCAUUCCGGAGCGGCCAGGCCGGCUCCAGGAAUUCAUUCCAGAGCCCGACGCUGCCAACGUCAGUGGACACCACCUUCCGGAGAAGGAUGUGGUAUGAGGGAUCAAGAUACACUGCCGACUACUUUGGCCAUAAGAAAACUUUGUCCAACGAAUCCAACUUGGUUGUUCCCGGAAGCAGUCCAUUUGGCGAUCGUUCUCCAGUGGAAGAAGUGGAGAGCCAAAAGCGCGUUAGCAUGGGACCGCAAGAGAGACGAUCGGGCUAUCGGGGCUACGUGUUCGAGAGCCCAUGGAAUGGGAGGUGCGAGUUUGUGACUGGUGGUGCUGGAGAUUCUUUGAAGUGCCGACACAUUCUCCCCGUCACCAACGCCUCAGUCCAGACGCCAGAAGCUGUCACGGUCAGCGAACUGCGCUUCAACCUUCCUGCUAUGCGCGGUCAGCCAACAAACACGGAAGAGCGCACAUCCAAGCGCGCAUCGUUUCUCCACCGCAAGCAAACACCAUCGGUCUCGUCGCUUGGGCCGAGUGCGCAGGACAUCCUCGGAGGAGUCGCGAACCUGGACCUCUCGUUGGGGCUGGAAUAUGCGGGCGGCGGCUUCGGGGGAAAGCAGGCAAAGUUGGGGAAGUUGAUCAUUCGAGACGAGGGCCUCAAGAUGAUGGACCUGGUUGUGGCGGCAAACAUGAGUUUGUGGUGCAGAGCGUAUGAAAAGGUGGAAGCGGCGGGGCGGUCGAGGCAUGACCCUCGACACAGCACCAUCGAUGUGGCCUGA